AUGCUGGUUUCCAUUGAUGCCGUGCUGCGCUGCAAACCUGCGCUUCGCGACCUCGAAGCGGUUAUCGCCAAGUUCCUCGGACCUCCCCCGAAUAUGUCACUGAGCGACGCCUGCCAUGAAGGCUCCAUCAAACUACUGGACUGGAUCUGGAAUUGCAGUUGCACGUCAGUGGACGACCGAGCGACACAAUGGAGUCUCACGAACUAUCUGCGCUCAGAACCGCGUUACUAUUCCCUCCAGUUCUCAAAGUCCAUCGCAACAGCAGCUAACCAAGGGAAUUUGGAGAUGGUGAAGUGGCUUUUUGCGCAUUUCUCCGACUGUGGAGCGCCUGCAGGUGCGGCUUACAACGCGGCGAUGUGGGGUCACCUCCACGUACUCGAAUUUCUAUGGGCACACAGCGAUGUAAACAUGCCGCUAUACAAGAAGCAAAAAGUUAUCGAUGGUGGUAGUGAGAUUGGGGGUCAAUAUGCUGCUGAGUACGAGGAGACUAACAACUGUGUCGAGUGGGAUAACGAUUAUAUCAUCUGGGCUGCAGCCCAGUGCGAUCGCUUUGACAUCGUUCGAUGGCUGUACCAUAACACGCCCGUGAAUAUGCGUGAAUGGCCCUAUGAUCUGACUAUCGAACACAUUCUCAGUACUGGAGAUGAUGAGCUCGUGCAGUUGCUUCUCCCUCCUGGGAGGUGUGUGCUCGAUUACGCUAAAAGGUGCCCUCGCGUGGACGUGAUCGAGUUGAUGCUGGACUGUGGAUAUCUACGCCGAGAUGCCUAUCUAGCAGUGGGAGCGAUUCGAAAUUUAGCAACUAGUGGGCGCGUGGAUCUCAUGGAGCAGAUUGUACAACUACACUCGCCGUUGCCGAAAAAAUAUGUGGGGGAAUGCUGGUGCUCGGCCAUCAAGGAGGCGUGCCUUCGAGGAGACCUGGCCAUGGUCCAGUGGCUCGUGGAGCACCGCAAGGGCCGCCAGUUCUGCCGCGUAAAGAUGAGGAAGGACUCGAAGCACAUGCACUUCCUCUGCUACGCGGCCGGGGCCGGCAGCAUCGACGUCAUGCAGUUCCUCUACGACAAGCAGUACGCGGACCAGUUCGUGCCGGCGCUGCUCAGCGCUGUGUGCAAGAACCAGUUGGCCGCCGUCAAGUGGCUCAUCGACCACCUGCCUCCAGAGGAGCAGAGCACCGCCUCGUGUGUCAUUGAAGCGGCCGCGAGUCACGGCCGACUGGAGAUCCUCCAGUACCUGGCCAAGCUGGACGCGGCUUCUUCGUGGUGGUCUCCAUCUGAGACGGCAAUGAGCUUAAGCUCGGCCGCGGCGGGGAACUUCGUGGACGUCGCACAGUGGCUAGUGGCCAACCACAGCAACAAAGGAAGGUCGAGCAUUGCGAUGGACAAAGCGGCGGCCAAUGGACACUUGGACAUGGUCAAGUGGCUGCACACGAACGGGUUCAAGUGCUCGGUGGCCGCCAUGGACGCGGCCGCAGCCAAUGGCCACCUCGAGAUGGUGCGAUGGCUUCAUGAAAACUGCACGGCCGGCUGUACAGCGCACGCGAUGGAUCUCGCAGCAGGCCGUGGCCACUUGGACGUGCUCAAAUGGCUGCAUCGGAACCGGUCGGAAGGGUGCACCAGGAAGGCCAUGGCAACGCCGUGGAGCAGGGCCACGUACGAGUCGUGA